AUGUCGGCUAAGAAAGCCCCCGUUUACUUCUUUAGCCAUGGCGGCCCGACGGUGCAAUAUGAAAAGGGCCACCCAGUAUAUCCGAUACUUCAAGGCAUCGGCCAGGAAAUUACCAAAAAGGUGAAGCCUACGGCAAUUGUCGUCUUUUCGGGGCACUGGGAAGGAUCUCGGGACACUAUUGAGGUGAAUACGGCGGAACAUACCGAUUUGAUCUACGACUUUUAUGGAUUCCCAUCGUAUUUUUAUGAGGCAGAGUAUCCCAACAGGGGCAGCCCAGAACUGGCAAACAAAAUCCUCGGUCUUCUCAAAGACGCCGGCAUCAAGGCCAAAGGUGUCACCCGAGGUCUGGACCAUGGUGUUUGGUCGGGUUUCCAUGUUGCUUUCAAUCCAGAGGAGAACCCUCUGAACGUACCGCUAGUCCAAGUUAGCUUGUUCCACAGCGAAGAUCCCGACCAACACUAUCGCCUCGGCCAGGCUGUGGCUUCACUGCGCGACGAGAACAUCGUGAUUAUUGGCGCAGGCAUGUCGGUACAUAAUCUCAGAGACAUGUUUGCAUCGCGCGGGAACCCAGGGCCGAUGCCUUACACGGUGUCCUUUGACGAAGCUUUGAAAGAUGCCACCGAGGCGCCACCGGCUGAGCGACAGGCCCGCAUGGCCGAGGCUGCUAGGCGUCCCGAUGCGAAGCAAGCACAUCCGUGGAUGGACCACCUCAUGCCAGUGUAUGUUGCGGCGGGUGCGGCAAGCGAGGAGCAAGGAACACGGACCUGGACCUUGCAUGAAGGCAGUAUGGGUUGGAGUCAGUACAGAUUUGGAGAGGUGCCUGCUUGA